CGAACUGCAGGCGCUGAUCGAGAACCUCAUGAACCUCUGCAAACUAUCUGUCCAGACCGGUAGCUAGAGUAGCAAUUCCAAGGAUAAAGAUCGACCGAGAGGAAAAGUUUGUGACGACCUGAUGGAUCCCGGUUCCCAUAAGCAUGUCAAGUUUCCCUCUGAGCCAGCCACUCAGCAAAAUCCGGGAGCCGCCGGCGCUGGACAUCGGGCUCGAAAAACAGCGGACCCUAACAAACCAAAGGACCCGAUGAAAAAAUCCCAGUCGGCUUCCAAGCCGAACAAGCCCACCGUGAACGGCAAUAGCAAAAAGCCUCAGAACCAAAUUUCGAAGGGUGGCGGACAAAUGGUCGUGAGCAAUCCGGCGAAUGCGACUCGAAAAGAUACCCGCACGAAGACUGAGGGUUGCACCAAGGUUGUUGAGAAAUUCAACAUGACCACCAAAUCAGUCUACUCGGAUACACCCGGCUCGACUACUUCGGUAUCCACUCGUGUCACCGUCAUUCAAACCAGGCAAGAAAGACCAGAGUUACCGACAAAUGGGAAAGCUAGUGGCACCAAGCCCGGCCAUCAUCCCCAUAAAAACAAUGCCCAAAUCACUAACGGCGACAACAAACCUUCCAGACCUCGUGCUCAUCAUGAAGGUGGUUCCAAGAGCAUCAAGUCCAACAAACCAUCGAACAGCAACAAUAAUAGCAAGACCAACGGGCCAGCCACCACGUCUAGCCCUACUGGUGCCAAAGAGAGUCCGGCAGAGAGGAACCCAAAAGCAGAUAAAUCGACUCAUGUCAGCGCAAACGGCACCAAACAUGCUGCUCUUGAAAAGAAACCAAAACCAGCCAGACAACCGUCACACCAGAAGACAUCGACCAAACCUACCAACAAGCCAAAGACUGGGCAUCCUAACAAGCCUAGAAACCCAACGAACGCUACUACAACCACCAAGGAGCAAAUCUCUUACGUCCAUAAAUUCGACUCCACCACGCCGGGCUCCAUGAGCAAUGAGCAGCAACCAUCCGAAAAUCGCUCGAUGAUUCUCAACUCGAAUGAGCAUGCUUUGUCUGCGCUCAAGCCGCCCUUUCGUCCCGCUUUAAUAUCUUGUCCUACGUCUAGUAUAACCACCACCACCAACACCACUCCUGCUAAACCAAACCAGAGCACCUACUUUCCUAACAUGAACUUCACCAACUCCUCGCUCUCUAACUUCGGCUUGUCCCAAAUCACCCAGCUUCAUCACCAUCCUCCUCUUCAACAGGACUUUGCCCCCGCUAAAGGCUACGUUAAGGUUCAUGUUUCUAAAACCCAAACGUCCUCUCAUCCUUCCAAAUAAACAAUUCAAAAACUGUCAAAAAAAAGACUAUAUGAUGGUUCUUGGUCUCUUCGUUGUAGCAUCACUGUGCUGAUGACUGUAUGUAUAACCCCCGGGCUUCAAGUGUCCUCCAGUAGACUCGCAUUA